AAAGUGGGAAAAGCAAAGAAAAGAAAGGGAAGGGAAAGAGAGAGUGAGAAUGAGGAGGGAGCAUCGGUCGGUCCCCUGGAAAUGUUAUAAUUGUAAUAAGGAAAUAGAAAUUGGGAAAUUUUGAUGGCCAAAAGGCCCUUGCUAUUCACCACCGUUUCCCACCACACCCUCCUCUCUUUCUUCCUCACUCCGUCUCUCUCUUUCUCUUCUUCCCACCUUUUCCUGUCCAAUCAUUCCAAGCCACCUGUCCCCCCCAUCCUCCUCCUCCGUCGCAUCGCUUCUUCCGCCACCCCCACCCCUCCUCUCUCUCAUCCCCACCACCGCCGCCGUCUUCCCUCCCUUCCUCUCCCGCCGGAAACCCUGGCUCAGAAGAUCGGCAAGUCCAUCCGCCGCCCCGGCGCCGCCUCUAAGGCUCGCGUCUACACCGAUGUCAACGUGAUCCGUCCCAAAGACUACUGGGACUACGAGUCCCUCACUGUCCAAUGGGGGGAACAAGAUGAUUAUGAGGUGGUGAGGAAGGUCGGAAGAGGAAAAUACAGUGAGGUAUUUGAGGGGGUCCACUGUACAGAUAAUGAGAAAUGUAUUAUCAAGAUUCUCAAACCCGUGAAGAAGAAAAAGAUUAAGAGGGAGAUCAAAAUACUGCAGAAUCUUUGUGGAGGUCCAAAUAUCGUAAAGUUGCUUGAUAUAGUUAGAGACCAGCAAUCAAAGACCCCUAGUCUUAUAUUUGAAUAUGUGAAUAAUACUGAUUUCAAAGUGCUCUAUCCAACACUGUCAGAUUACGAUAUAAGAUUCUACAUCUAUGAACUCUUGAAGGCUUUGGAUUAUUGCCACUCUCAAGGUAUUAUGCAUCGAGAUGUGAAGCCCCACAAUGUAAUGAUUGAUCACGAGCAACGGAAGCUUCGUCUUAUAGAUUGGGGCCUGGCUGAGUUUUAUCAUCCUGCAAAGGAAUAUAAUGUCCGUGUUGCUUCAAGAUAUUUCAAAGGUCCUGAGCUUCUUGUUGACUUACAAGAUUAUGAUUACUCUUUAGAUUUGUGGAGCCUUGGUUGUAUGUUUGCUGGAAUGAUAUUCCGGAAGGAGCCGUUCUUUUAUGGGCAUGAUAAUCAUGAUCAACUAGUAAAGAUAGCGAAGGUACUUGGAACAGAUGAAUUAAAUGCUUAUCUGAACAAGUAUCGCAUAGAGUUAGAUCCUCAUCUUGCGGCCCUGGUGGGGAGGCAUAGCCGGAAACCGUGGACAAAGUUCAUUAAUGUUGAUAAUCAGCAUUUGGCACUACCUGAGGCUAUUGAUUUCGUAGACAAAUUGCUACGGUAUGAUCACCAGGAAAGGCCAACCGCAAAAGAAGCAAUGGCCCAUCCUUACUUCUACCCCAUUAGAAAUGCAGAAAGCAGCAGAACUCGCGCCUAGUAGAUUUUGAGUUCCAGAUGAUUUGUCAUGUUUUCUUCUUCUUGGUUAGAGCUUAACCCUCUAAUCUGCCCAAAGUUUUUUUCACUUGAGAUGGUUUGAGUUUGGAUUUAGGGUUUGCCGUGUUUUGGGUGAUGAAUUAUGAAACUGUCAGUUCAUCAUUUUUAUUUUUUUUUCAUCUUUUUUUUAUAAUAUAUUAGAUUACUGUAAACUAUUUACGUUUGUUUCUUUAUGUGGAUUUAAGAUCUAACCUGUGAAUGAAUUAUUUAUCUGAUUCAAGGGCAGGAUGUUAUGGUCUA